AUGACUGUACAAAGCCCGAGCAAGAGUAAGGUACUCACGCCUUACAUCAAGUCGCUAAUUCUGAAUCCUCCAAAUUUCACGCCCGAGGACCUUGCAUCUGUGAUAAGGCUCAUAUUCAACGAUUGUGCAUCAGAAAUCCAAGUUGCUGCAUUCCUAACGUCAUUGAGACAACGGGAGUUGGAUCAUGAAUCCGAAUACAUUGCUGCUGCAGUGGACACGGUGUUGGAGUUUGCCGAGACAAUUGACGAUCAAUUAGUCGACGAUGCCGGGUACAUAGACAUUGUUGGUACUGGGGGAGACGGACAAAAUACAUUUAACGUGUCGACAUCCUCAGCCAUUGUUGCAGCAGGAAUGGGGCUACCAGUAUGCAAACACGGAGGCAAAGCCAGUACUUCGACAUCGGGAUCAGGCGACUUGUUGAAAUCUUUGGGUGUUGAUUUAGCCAAGAUAAAUGUUGUGACAUUACCUGAUAUAGUGAAGAAAUCAAAAUUUUGCUUUCUAUUUGCACCAUCUUUCCACCCGGGAAUGGGACUUGUAGCCAAUGUCAGGGCACAGUUAGGAGUACCAACAAUAUUCAACAUUUUGGGCCCGUUGAUCAAUCCUAUUCCCAUCCAGUCGAGGAUCUUGGGUGUCUAUAGUGAAAAAUUAGGAGAAAGCUAUGCACAAGCUGCAUCUAUACUUGCGAAAAAGAGUCACAUACACAAGCGUACAAUGGUAGUUUUUGGAGAAUGUGUGUUGGACGAAAUUGCGCCAACGGGGUAUACAAAGAUUUGGUUAGUUGAAAAGGACGGAGAGAUAAAACGUGACCGCAUAUCGCCAAAGGACUUUGGCCUUCGCGAACACCCAUUGGAAGCAGUGAAGUCUGGAACUCCCGAUGAGAAUGCUGAGAUCUUGAAUCAUAUAUUGAAGCAAGACCACGAAGAGUAUAAGGUGCGCAAUGAGAACAGUAAUCCUUACGUUGAUUACAUUUUGUUGAAUACUGCAGCACUUGCGUAUGUAUCUGGUAUUUGUGAUAACUGGGUCGAUGGAGUGAAACUAGCAAAGGAGUCAAUCACCAAUGGAGAAGCGUUGAAGGCGUUGCAGGAUUUAAAGAAAGCUACAGACUGUGUUUAG